UUUCUGGCAUCAUCUUUCUUUAGCAUUGACAUUAUUAUUGCUAUUAUUAUUUUUAUUUUAGUACUAUGGAUUCAGACUGGCUGUUUUGUUCCUCGGAGCUGGUUGCUGGCAGCGGUCACGUGUUAAGCGUGGAGCAGAAAGCAGCUUUACAAACUUCACUACUCAUCCUGAAGAAAAACUACAAGUUCCAUCGAGUAAUGUUUUGGGGUAAAAUACUGGGAUUGAAUAAUGAUUAUUUUAUUGCACAAGGCAGAGGAGAGGAUGAGCUCAAAGAUAGAAAGUAUCUGUACAGCUUCAACUGCAUGGACUGGUUCCUGCUGCCGUCAACUACAAACUCUAUGAUUGACGCGUCCAAAGCUGCAAAGGGUCGCUUCAGAGGGGAUCCCUCCUAUGUGUAUGAGCAAACUGAGAAUGGCACUCAAAGAGACGGGAGUGAGGCUGUGCAGGAGCCGAUAGUGCACAAAGUGACUGAGGAAACGCGGCUGGCAGUGACAGUUGAAGCGAUUGAUAAGGAAGUGUCUAUUGUACCACGAGGAGCUUUUAUCAAGAAUCCACACUGCGUUGUCCAGGCCAACCACAGUUUUGGUGGACUGUCUCACUUAGAAACGCGGAAACUCGAAAACUUCCUUCACUUCAGCGAACCGAAAAUUGUGAAGAAGAAAUCACUCCUGGAGAUGGCUCAUUGGAACCCAUCUAUGGACUUCCUGGAUGCACUGAGUGAUGACCUUCCUAAAGGAUCGUGGAGCCUUCAGUUUGAAUGUGCCGGCAGAGUGUGCGUGAUUCGUAGCUUGCUGUGGCUCGGCCUGACCUUCUUCCACUUGCCGAUGACGCCCCUGCACGGAUACGUGUACUUCGGCUUUGGGGACAAGAAUGUCAGCCUUCCUUUUAUGCUGUAAAAAAAGUGGAUGGCGGCACCCUGUACCUAGCUCCAACUACCAGCUGCUCAUGUUGCUUAUGUUCACUCACUUCCAAACCAGAAUAUAUCACAGCCAUAGUCAGUUCUGUUUCCCUCAAGUUACUUUAUACACACCGACAGGAAGGGAAAAUGUGAAAAUUUUUAUUUAUGUUGCCUUCAGCACAUGCAGGUAUCAUUCUGCUUUAAAACUGUAACACUAACCUAGAUUUGAGUUCAAGUUCAAGAGCGAAUAAAUGAAUGUGGGUGGGGCAGAGAAUGACUCAAUAAAAGUGUGAUGAGGCUUUCUAAACAAAACUUGAGUUGGUGUGUGUUAUGUGGCUGAGGAAAACCAUCCCUGUGCAGCAAGCCCACCCACACUCCUCCAGCUGUUGCACCACAGCGUCUUCUCCUUCAGUGUCUCAUGUAAAGGGGUUUAAUGCCGUAACGCACAUUAUCCUUUAGUGCUGGGUCACCGACAUCCAUGCGCUUCUUACACCACUUCAGUCC